UAUAAAAGUUAUGAAUUGGCUAAAUAAAAUUUAAUUUAUUAGCUGCAUGUGAAAUUUUAAGUUCAGUUCAAGUGAAACUCUCAACAAAUUGGCUAACACAAUCCCAAAAAGAAAACAACAAACAAAUUUUAUUUUGUUUUCAUAUAAUUUACAAAAACUUAAACAAAAACAAAACAUCUGCAGACUUCAACAAAAUUGUUACUGUGCGCCAUACAAAUUAUAAAAGCAUUAUGGACAACUAAAGCAAACUAGCACAGCAAAAAGUCACACACACACAGACAGAAAACAUUUGCAUCGAAGGCGAAAUUAACUGCAAAUCGCAAAUCGACGCCGGAAGGCGCUAACCACAACAACAACAACAGCAAGAAAAUAACAAAAGCAACCAGACAAAAUGCAACAGCUACAAAAGUUGAUCUGCAUCUGCAGCUGCAUCUUGGUCAGCAUCUGUGUGAGCCAAACGGUGGCGUUGGCAAAUUGCCCUCCCGGCUGCCAGUGCGACGACAAUACUUUGGUGGUUCAGUGUGGUGAAGGCCAGCUGGACGUGCUGCCCAUAGCACUGAAUCCCUCCAUUCAGCGUUUGGUGAUCAAGAGCAACAAGAUCAAGACCAUCGACUCGUCCAUACAGUUCUAUGCGGAGCUGACGUUCUUGGAUCUGUCGCAGAACCAUCUGAUGACCAUACCACAGCGCACAUUUGCCUACCAGAAGAAGCUGCAGGAGGUGCAUCUGAACCACAACAAGAUUGGCCAGAUCAGCAAUAAGACCUUCAUUGGCCUAUCCGCCGUUACUGUGCUCAAUCUGCGUGGCAAUCUGAUCUCGGAGCUGCAUCAGGGCACAUUCUCUCCACUGCUCAAAAUCGAGGAGCUGAAUCUGGGCGAGAAUCGCAUUGGCUUCAUCGAUCCAAAGGCCUUCGAUGGACUGAAACAGCUGCGCAUUUUGUAUUUGGAUGACAAUGCGCUGACCACAGUGCCAGAUCCCGUCCUAUUCCAGGCCAUGCCAAGCCUGGCUGAACUUUUCCUCGGCAUGAACUCCCUGCUAACCAUCCAAUCGGGCGCAUUCAAGGAUCUGAAGGGCUUGACUCGCCUGGAGCUGAAGGGCGCCAGCCUGCAGAACAUCUCGCAUGACAGCUUCUUGGGUCUGGAGGAGCUGCGCGUCUUGGAUCUCUCCGACAAUCGGCUGCCACGUAUUCCCUCUGUGGGCCUCAGUCACUUGGUGCGCCUGGAACAGCUAUCGCUGGGUCAGAAUGACUUCGAGCUGAUCAGCGAGGGCGCCUUCGUGGGCCUGAAGCAGCUGAAGCGUUUGGAUAUCAACGGAGCUCUGAAGCUGAAGCGCGUGAUGACAGGCGCCUUUGCGGCCAAUGGAAAUCUGGAGUACUUGAAUUUGUCAUCCAACAAAAUGCUCGUGGAGGUGCAAGAGGGCGCACUCAGUGGAUUGCCUCAUCUGCGUCAUGUUGUGCUGAAAGCCAAUGCCUUGACCUCUCUGGCUGAGGGUCUGUUCCCAUGGAAGGAUUUGACUACUUUGGAUCUGUCUGAGAAUCCGCUGUCCUGCGACUGUCGCGUCAUGUGGUUGCGCAAUUUGUUGGUAGCUAAAAAUGCCAGCCAAGAGGAUCAACUGGCUGAGCUGCUCUGCGAGUUCCCAGAACGUCUGCGUGGCGAGGCACUGAAGCAUCUGAAUCCCACGCUCAUGGGCUGCACACACUCCGAUCCACGCAAACAGGCGCUGAUUGGCGCCCUGCUGGUGGGCUCUGCAGCCACGAUCACUGCCUUGGCGCUGGUUCUGUAUCGCUGCCGUCACAAGAUUCGCGAAUACCUCAAGGGCGGUGUCUGGGGCAACUCGGCACUAGGCCGCAAGGAGCGUGAAUAUCAGAAGACCUUCUGCGAUGAGGACUAUAUGUCGCGUCUGCAGCACCAUCCCUGCUCACUGGGCAUCCACUCCACCUUUCCCAACACCUAUACGGCACCACAUCAGGCAACGGCUGGAGGUCAUCAUCAUUAUGGCAUGUGCCCGAUGCCGAUCAACGACUUGAAUGCCGUCGAUGGCCAGCACAAGUUCCAGCAGCUGCAAGUGCCCAUGUCGGCGACGCUGAUGCACGAGAAGAAGCUGAAUAAUAACAAGAGCUUGGCGGGCAGCAUCGAUGACAGCGCCAGCUUUGUGUUGCACAUGAAGGCGGCAACCAUGGGACGCGACCAACAGCAGCAGCAGCAGCAGCAACUGGCGCAACAGCAGCAGCAACAACAUCCACAGCAGUCCAAGCUCAAUCACUAUACGAAGCCGCAGUUUCUGGCUGCCACAGCAACCGUUGCCGACUCUUGCUACUCGUAUGCGGAUGUGCCCAUGGUGCAUGCACCACAACAGCUGCGUGUCACCCACGAGCACUUCAAGCAGCGCGAACGAGAGCCGCGUGACUUCGAUGCGGAUGCCACCGGCGAAAUGAUGGAUCCCAAUUAUAUCUACAGCAAUGCACACUACUCGCUGCCCCUCGAGCAAAUGGGACGCAGCAAGACACCCACGCCACCACCACUGCCGCCAGCGUUGCCGCUGAGGAAUGGCCUGUGCGCCACCACCGGACGUCGCUCCUUCCAGCACAAGUCCACACACAACAACAAUACGAGCACCAUGCGCCAGUUCACGCACUGAUCCUCGGAGCACUAUCGUCGCAGGCAGCUAAGCAUUUACGCUUAGUCCGUCGUGUCGUUGUCAACUGUGAUGCCAAUACUUAAAGCCUAAACCCGCACCCGCCCCGCCCUCUCCCAAUGACUCCCCCCAACAAGCACUUAUGCGUAAUCUGAAGAAAUUGUAGUAGUAGAGCACAUAAGAUACUAACGAGCGGCGUUUACACGUGUCAGAUCACGAUCAAUCGAAAUAUUAUAUUAUCUUACACAAUAUAUUAGAAUAUAUAUAACUGAUAACUGUAUAUCUGUAAUCGACAAGGUUUUCUC